CGAACCGAUACGUUGCCCGGAUGUAAUAUGGCGUCGACAGAACUGAUAAAUUUGAAGUAGCUAAAUCCAUAAUUCAAACCCAAACAACCUAUUCACUGCGCAUUAUUUGCGUUAAGAAUAUCCCAAUUAAAUGCAUUAAUGGUAAUGCAUGCAAGGAAAUUCCCCAGAAUCGAUGAUGGGUAUGCUGACCAAAGAGAGCCCCAUGGCUACCAGGCGACCCAAUACCCAUCAAAGGCCGGAUACGGAAACCACGGUAACCACACUGAACGAUAUGACCGGUCUCCGGAUCGAACCAGUCCGGGAUCACGCACCAGUCCCAGAUACAUCAACAAGUCUUCCUAUGUGGACCGAACAAAGGAGAAGUUUGAGAGAGGCUCAGAGAACUCCCCCGGGAGGAAAUCUAGCACUCUCAACAACUCGGACGGACGUAGUAACCAAGCAAACUCUGGUCAUGUUAUUCCGGUUAUACCGGACAAAGGCAAGAAUACUGGAGCAGCAAAAGACAAAAACGAGGUGCAGAAGUCAGCUAUCCGUACUUACGGUGACUGGUCAGAGCACCUCAGCAAGGGGGGCAAGAAGUAUUACUACAACCUCAAGACCGAGGUGUCACAGUGGGAGAAACCCCGCGACUGGAACGAUGCCUCUGCAACCAGACCAGAAAGACAAUCCACAGAAUCCAGGGCAAGUAAUGACAAACAUUCAAAAGAUGGUAAAUUACGGCAUUCUAGUGGCGGACUUGAAAAGCGCGAGAAACAUUUGGGUGACCUCAAGCACCUUGUGGUUGACGGGAACCCUAAACCCGAUAAACUGUACCUGUUCGAGAAAUUGCAGCAGAGUCAGACUAAGUUGCAGCAGACGGAGAACAGCAGAUCUUGUAAACAGACCCCUGAGCACAAGGACAGACGGACAGACGAUGGUGUUUAUUGUGAUCACUCAAAUUCUAAACACAACUCUAGUCGGUCGCGGCGGGACAGUGAUGGGUCUCGGACUAUGGACAGCUCUCGCUCUGUCAGACAGACUUCUAGGAAUGACUGUGAUGAUAUUGAUAGCCCUGGCAGCACACCCACCAGUCACAUCUCUGCUGGUACCCCAUCCCACGGCAGCAGUCUCAAUAUCGGCAUCAACAUUCUACAGGAGCUGGGAGGCGGGGCUAAUAGUCAAGACCUGACCAACAAAGCUCUUCAGACGUUACAGAAGCUGCAGCAGGCGUUGUCUCGACAGAUAGCUGCUGCCCAGACCAGCGUCUCCAACCAGACAAGCCACUCUAACUCCAUUACUGCCAGUUCACCUCACCAUCCAGGUGGUCACGGGCUGCCUGUUCCAGACCCCAGUCUUCUCCAUGCCAAUGCCCACCAUUCGUAUCACAACCCCUCCCCCCAGGGGCCCCACCUGGUCUCCAUGGUAGCGUCGUCGACGGCAACGACUCAUUUGAUGUCGUUGCACUCGCAUUCCGACCGAAGUCCUUACCAUCAGAACUAUCAGAACUCUAGUUUAAGUUUAAGCAAUCUCUCCACUCAAAACUCCAGUCCCCACCACCCCAUGGUUUCUAUGGCGAUGGCCGCGUCACCCAUGAUGACAGGAACCACAACUAUACCUAUAACUCAUACGGGGAACCAACAUCGCGGGAACACUGUGUAUGGGAAGUUUUUAGGCUCCCAGCAACAAAAUAUGUUAUCACAGACUUAUGUGAAUAAGACCACAGAGGAUAGAGGGGGCGGGGAUACCCGGGCUGUGGAGGGCGGGAGGGGCGGGGAUAACCGAGGGACGGAGGGCGGGGAAAUGGAGGAAAGGUCAACAUGUGCUAGCCCGGCGCCCAGUGACACGAGUUCCCAGGGGACGCCCGUUGACCUGGAGAUGUUCAGUGCGGCCAACAUGGCGCCCCAGAAGGAGAACAACCACAUGGCAAACCUCGCACAUUACUAUAACGACCAGCUUGUGUCACAUGUCACAGGCUGGCAGGGCGAACUCGUCGAACGACAGGCCCGACUUUAUCAUGACGAGAGUCUACGUAUCGGGAGCCUCAUCAGUAGUCAGGUGUCUGUGGACCUGAAACGGGCCCGCAGUUUGGUACGGGUCGAGGAGAUACAGUCAACGCUUCAUGAACAGAGGAAUCUUUUCCUGGCCCAGCAGAUAUCUGAGCUUGAGAGCUUAAAGCCAACAUUGGUGGUGUCGUCAACCUUCCUGCCCACUUCCGCAACAAGUGCUCCUAACAAUACCUAGUGACUGCCUAGCAACGUUUAUUGUGACCCAUAGCAACAGAGACUCACUCAACCCCCGUUACCCUAGCAACAGUCAACUGUUGUCAUAGCAACCAAAUGUUGCUGCAGAAAACGGGACGAACAGGGCGAAGCCAUGACAUUUUUCAGUUGAGAUGUCGUUGCUUAAAAUACUAUUAUUAUAGCUAAGCUAUUUGAUGCAACACCAGACAUUUCAAUACCUUGUGACAUUGUGGCAACAUUGCAUCUCUUGGUUUGUGGAUAGGAUAUGAUGAUAAAAAGUUUCCACCAAACUGUUUGAUAAAAAGCAUGAUAGCCUAACAUUAUUGCUUGCUGGGGAAGAUUUAUGUGAAGGUUAAAGAAUCUUCAAUCCCCACCGAAUCAACGGAAUGGACAGUUGCAAGUGGAACAUUUAAGUGGAAAGGCAGCUUUUAAAGCAGAAGUAUUGACAAUUUCUAACAGACUGGAUCCAAAGUCGUGUAGUCGAGUUAAUUCAAAAUUAUUUUCAAGGAUGAUUGCUGUUCACUAAAUACAUUUGGGUGAAUUGAAGUAGAAUAAAACACAAUAAUUUUGAUUUUGUAACCACUCAAAAAAUUGAUUCUAAGCAAUGUUCAUUAGUAGAUUUUGCAAUUUAAUAUAUACUUUGAAACAUUACUUGUGCAAUUUAGAAAAAAAGUCCAAAAAAAAGGCAAAACAAACAACCCAUAAAUGUACCAUAAUUAAACCUAUUUGUUAAGUUAUUGUUAAUUACACAUGUUUUGGGGCCACAUUAAUCAUCUUUUGGGUAGAAUAAAGUGUGAGUUUGUGAGGAAGGAAAAAACUAUUUUUCCAUUUUUGUCAGAGUUUGCGAUACACAGAUACGUAUUAGGCUCAUUCUGGCAAGACUGGGCUUAAUACGUGUGUUUAGUGUCAUCCAAUAUUUGCUAAUCAGGGACAACACUUUUCUCUUUUUAUGCCCCCGGAUAGAAUAAUCGGGGGUAUAUUGUUUUUGGCCUGUCUGUCAUUAUAACUAUGUGUGUGUCCCUAAACUUUAACCUUGCUCAUACUUUUGCAAUAUUGAAGAUAGCAACUUGAUAUUUGGCAUGCAUGUGUAUCUCAUGGAGCUGCACAUUUUGAGUGGUGAAAGGUCAAGGUCAUCCUUGAAGGUAAAAGGUAAAAUGUAUAUCUUCAAAGCGGCGCAGUAGGGGACAUUGUGUUUCUGACAAACACAUCUCUUGUUAUGGAAUCUUUUGUUUAUAGGUAGUCUAUUAGCAACAAUCCAGUUAAGGCGGAGAGUUAUGUCCCUGAUUAGCCAGUGCAGACUGCAUAGCUAGACGACAAAAAACGUACAUGCAUUAACCCUCUCAGUGCUGGAACCAGAUUUUGAAGGCCUUUGCAAACAGUUUGGAUCCAGAUGAGACGCCACAGAACGUGGCGUCUCAUCAGGAUCCAAACUGUUUGCUAUUCUGAUAGUAUUAUUUGAAAAAAAUAGAAGAAAAUGCUAAUUUUAGAAAUUCAGCAGACGACAUUUUAGCAGACGACAAAUUUCCCAGCAUGCAAAGGGUUAAGCACUGUUUUCCCAGAGAGUGGCUCAUUUGUUAUUAACCAGGUUUUCAGAAGGAAAAAAACGGGUCAUUAGAUUGGUGGGCGGGUGGGCGGAACAAUUCUUCCGAGCGCAACUCAUAGUUUAUUUCUCAACGGAGUUCAAUGAAACUUUCACAAAAUGAUUGUCACCAAGUGCCCUGGCGCAUAUUGUCCGAAUUGUAAUAUUCGGUCGAAAUCAAGGUCCCAACAACUAAAAAAAGAUUGCAUUUGGCACAAGGUGGGUAACUAGGAACAAUCAGUAACAAUGCACAAUUUGAAUUGUCUCCCUUUGUCAGACUUUUUUUUCAAAUUGAAAACCUGGUUUUGUGACAAUUUUGCCACAUUGUGUUAGUUAUUGUAGAGCUCAUUCUGCUCCUGUGCUAUGUUAUGAACAAAUCCUGAGAAUUCAAUCACAGUUAAUGUUAAAGGGUUUGACCAAAAUUAUUUGUUAUGCAUUAAUUUAUUUUAUUAUAAAAGCAAUGCUUUUUGUAAGAAUGAUCUGUGUUAGAAAACUGGUAGAUUAAAGAAAUUGCAUCAAGAAAUGUUUGGUUUCGUAUAAACGAUGUUAAUUUAUUUACUGGUUUCACAAGAUAAAGAUUAAUUGUCUACAUUAAACUUGUAGUGUCUAUCACCUUAUUGUGUAUAAAACUCACCAUUGCAUAACUUGUUAAAAAGAGUAAAUUAUAUAUUUUAAUUAAAUUCCACUGUACAUUAAUGAGUAUUUGUAAAUUGUCAGCCAUGUGUAAAUAUAGACAUGUGAAGAAAAGAUUUUUGUAAGAGAGUGUGUGAAUUUUAAAGCCCUAUUGCUUGUUAACAAAGAGUUAGUGUUGCUCUUUUCAGUUAUUAUACAAUGUUAUUAGUUUUCAUGAAACACAAUUUAUGAUUUUCUUCAAAUUGUUGGGGUCUUUCAAUCAGUAUUGAAUUUUGUUUUUAUAGUUCAUUUUAAAGUUGUAUUGGUACUGUUUAUAAAAUUGCAGAAGUUUUAUACAAAAUAACAGAUUGCCAUCAAGAAAUUCAAAGUGAAGCCUUGAAUGAAUUCACUGUUAGGUAACAGUGCGUGUAUCUUGCCAAAUCUGGCGACAAAAUGCUGCCUUAUUUCAAGGUUAAAACGUAUAUUUUUCUGUAAAUGAACGCCUAAAUUCCCAAUUUAAGGUUUAAAAAAUAUAUAAUUGCAACAUAUAGUUUAUCUCCCCACUCCCACAAUCUCAAUAUAAAGUAAUUGUAAACAAAAAACAGUUUCUCAUUUUGAGCUCGGCUGUUUUCGGAGAAAACCCGAGGUAUUGUUAUAGCCAGCUUGUCGUGUCGUGUCGUCCGCCGUCCGCUUCGUGCUAAAACCUUUACAUUGCCUCUAAAAUCAAAGUGCUUCCACCUAUUCCACCUACAAAUUUGAAACUUCAUAUGUAGAUGCACCUUGAUGAGUUCUACACGCCACACCCAUUUUCGGGUCACUAGGUCAAAGGUAAAGGUCACUGUGACCUUUAAAAAAAAAUUCUGACAAGCUUUCGCAGCCGAGCGUGGCACCCGUUAUGCAGUGCUAUUCUUAUGUCAAAGUGACACAGUUUUCUCACUCCAAAGGGGCCUAUUCCUUAAAUGGUGAAAAAUAAAUACACUGCUGUUAAAACGUUGUUAUAGAAACUCUAUUCAAUCUUAAAACUUAAUAUUCAAUUUAAUAUAUUAAUUAGGAACUGAAAUGGGCAACCAAUUUCCUCUGUUGAAACAAUAUUUAAGUGUAAAUGUUUAAAUAUUUCUUUUGCAUUCACUAUUUUCAUCUGCAUUAUAUAUAUUUAUUUAGUAACACUUUUUGGUAUAGAAGGAAAAAAGGUUGCAUGUUUUUUUUCAUCCAUUGGUUCGCAUCGGUGUGCUAUUGUACAUUCUUCUUGUUUUAGCUAUGUAAUUUAUAUGUACAGUGUCAAAGAUAAAAAUAAAUGCUAUGAAUAUUUAA